AUGCGAAAUUACACGAAUAUCAGUGCCUGGCAAAUGGACGAGAUCUCCAUGCAACCGCACAAUUAUGAUACACAAGAUACAAUGGAGGAAAACAUUUGCAAGCGUCACUUUUUAGACAACGUGUCUCAAAAUUCUCAAGAAACUCACGUUGUAUCAAAAUGGGUCAUACUUUUCGAGGUCACUAAACUUUAUCUUCUGGGUCAGGUCAUUGUGAUCGCAAAACUCAUCCUGCAAGAUUUGUGGCAAUUGGCCAUCCAAUGGGACGAGUCCGUUCCUCAGGACAUCCACACUCAUUGGAUUCCUUUCAGAACACAGAUGAGUGAUUUAAAUCAACUAAGAAUUCCUCGAUGCGUUAAACUAAAUGCCCAUCAACCAAUUGUGGAAGUGCACGGAUUUUGCGACGCCAGCCAACACGGCCUGCAUAUACAUUCGCGCCAAGCUCGGUAUCACUCCAAGUUACUGUGCUCAAAAUCUCGCGUCGCAUCGCUCAAGACUGUCUCGCUACCGCGAUUAGAGCUAUCGGCCGCCUUACUAUUGGCGCGCUUAAUCAAUAAGGGCAAAACCCAAUCAGAAGCCUUAAUAGGCUCAUUACCAGCCAGCCGAGUUAACGUAUCUAGACCUUUCUCUCGCUGCGGCGUAGACUAUGCCGGGCCGCUCUUGUUACGUGAGAGAAGGCGUCGAAACGCGCGGAGUCACAAAGCGGGUAGACCCACGCACAUAUAUUCAGAAAACGGGAUCACCUUCGUGGGUGCUCAUAGACAAAUUCAAGAGUUAUAUGACAUGUACAAUGAUUCACAAGUCCAGUCCGAGAUUAAAAAUUUUCUUUGCGAAUUAGAAAUUUCUUGGAGCUUCAUCCCGCCUAAUGCGCCUCAUUUUAGAGGUCUAUGGGAGACAGUCGUAAAAUCUAAAAUCAAAUACCACAUAACUCGGAUUGUGAGCAAGGUGUCUCAUUUGACCUUCGAGGAAAUGCAAACGACCCUCUAUGAAAUUGAGGCGAUCCUCAAUUCGCGUCCUCUCUUACCAUUAAGCGCCGACCCUAACGAUCUAGCGUAUCUAAGUUCGGGACAUUUCUUGGUUAGCACGCCUUUGAAUGGUCUUCCUUGUGUUGAUUUGAGCGACGUCAACGAAAAUAGGCUACUACGGUGGCAACGCGUAGAGCAAAUCCGGCAAUAUUUUUGGCGCAGGUGGAGUAAUGAAUAUCUUCAUUCCCUACAAGCCCGAACCAAAUAA